UUGAAACGGAAGUUGUAGGAAGCUCGUCCACAAAACGGUAAACAUUCGCAUACGCAUCACCCAAAGCCCACGGGGGGGAAAAAACGAAAAUCGAGAAUACUUCGUCAAAACCGUCCAGGUUUCGAGAUGAAACACAACUCAAACGUCCCGGCUUUCCUCACCAAGCUGUGGACGCUGGUCGAGGAUGCAGACACGAAUGAACUUAUUUGCUGGAGUCAGGAGGGCAAUAGCUUCCUGGUGCUGGAUGAGCAGCGGUUUGCCAAGGAAAUUCUCCCAAAGUUCUUCAAGCACAACAACAUGGCCAGCUUCAUCAGGCAGCUCAAUAUGUAUGGAUUCCGUAAAGUGAUGCACAUUGACCAAGGCAUUGUCAAGCAGGAGAGAGAUGGGCCUGUGGAGUUUCAGCAUGCUUACUUCAAACAUGGACAGGAUGACCUGCUUGAGAACAUCAAGAGAAAGGUCUCAAACACGCGUCCCGAAGAAAAUAAAAUUCGACAAGAAGACUUGUCCAAGAUCUUGGCGAGCUUUCAGAGUGUUCACAGCAAGCAAGAAAACAUCGACGCCAGACUAGCAACACUGAAGAGGGAGAAUGAAGCUCUGUGGACAGAGAUCUCUGAUUUAAGGCAGAAGCAUGCACAACAGCAGCAAGUCAUCAAGAAGCUCGUACAUUUCAUUGUCACCUUGGUACAAAACAACCACCUGCUGAAUUUAAAGCGCAAACGGCCCAGUCUCAUGAACAGUAAUGGAAAGAAGACCAAAUAUUUUCACGAGAUCUACGAUGACAAAGUUUGUGUAGAGUCACCUGUCAGCAGUCGGAAUAGUGUUAAGGCCUCUGACGCAUUAGAUGACAUCAUCAUCUGUGACGUCACGGAGAACGACGUCGAGAGAGCCACCGAUAUCACAGAGGGGUCACCCAGAAACGAGCUUUGUGACGUGGAAAUAGUGGAAGUAGACUUCGACGACUGCCCGGUACUGGAAGCUGAGGCAGAGGGCAGCACAAUCUGCAUCGAAGAUGUCAAAGAGCCUGACGUGGGACAACCGAAGAGCAGCGCAUUGGAUAGCAACAGACCAACCAGCAGCGCUCUUCAGCUCAAUAAAUCGUCUGGUCUUAGUCUAGAUGACCCCGUCAUGAUGAUGGACGCCAUACUAAAGGAAAAUGGGGCCAUCUCACAGAAUAUUAACCUCCUGGGCAAGCUUGAGCUAAUGGACUAUCUGGACAGCAUUGACUGCAGUCUUGAGGAUUUUCAGGCCAUGCUUUAUGGAAAACCAGGCAUCGACGUCGAUACUUUGGAGGAGAGUACGUCAUCCAAACAGAUCCCAGCCCAAACAAAUAAUGGCAAGCUGGUGGGAAACAACACAGACAAGCAGUUGAUUCAGUACACUUCCUGUCCGCUGUUGGCCUUCCUGGACGGCUGUCCCACGCCUGCAGAAGUGGAGCUGGGCGGAGGAAGCAGCACCCAGCCAGAGCUCUCAACCGCCUAUGUCGGGUCAGAACCGCCGUCAGAGCUGCUGGACAGCAGCGUCGAGUCAAAGCCGCCCGUCCGAAGCUCCCUCAUCCGCCUGGAGCCUCUAACAGAGGCCGAAGCCAGCGAAGAGACCCUUUUCUACUUGUGCGACCCUCAGGCCAUCUGCCCUGAAAUGGAUGGGGUGUAAGCAUUGAAGGGACAAUACUGUUUUGCAUCCACUCUAGCUGCAGUUUGUGCCUUCAACGAUAAGGCUUUUUACACUGAACCGGUUAUGAAAGGAAAUUAAGCUACAUUUUUAUAAUUACUGUACUUGUUACAUGAGGCUUUGUUGCCAUGUGAAAAAGCAAAAUUGCACUGCUUCUUCUAAGAGUUGCAUCAGCUGUUAAAUGUCAUGUUCACUUCAGGAUUAGUUUCCACCUGUUCAUACAUUCUUCACCAUGACUACAAACUGGGCACAGUUCACAGACUGAGGGCAUUUCUCACUGGAGAAGCUGUAACUUGUGCUUUGUUAAAGGGAAAUGUUUUCUGCCAUUUGGUCAACAUGCCUGUUCUCACCUUAUGCUUAAGUGCGUGAAGUCUGGCACAAACUAGCUGGUGUAAAAUGGCGCUUCCAUGUCCCUGCAGUCAGGUUCAAAGCUAAAAGAAAAUACUGAUAUGCUUUCCUUAGCAAAUAGACUGUAAAUACUUCUAUUUAUUCUUGUUAGUUUGUUGUUCUCAUUGUGUGUCUUUCCACAACAUUUCUCAUAAAGCAACAUUCCUGAUGUUAAGCGUCACUGUCAGGCUUGCUUCUCUUUAAAUUCCCUUGGACUUGUUUUCAUAACAUUCUUGACAACUGGAACAAAGCUAAUAUAAUCUGCUUAGUAACUACAAAAGGAGAUGCAAUGUAAGUCUAAUUAGUAAAACAUUGGUCGUGUUUGAAUCAGUGCACAGAUGUGUAGUAUUGGUUGUGAGAUCCAUUAUUAUAGCAACAUAUUAAUUUAUAUGGAGUUUCACUGUCAUACAUGAUCAAUUUAACAGUAUUAAAUGAUGAUGUUCAUAUAACAAACAAUCAAAAACUGCUUAAUAGCGCAUCGUAUGUGUGCAACAUUAAUUGUAUUAAAUUGGACCACCGUGAGGAUGCAUUAAACUAGUAAAUUACGAUCUUGUAAUAUAUGCUAGUCAUUGCAAUAUUAACAUUGCUUUUAUGAAAUGCUCGAUAACAAAAUAUAGCCAUGAUCCUUCUGUGUGUGUAAAAUACUAUAUGUUCAGAUAUAAAGAGAAAUUAUUUGUAAUGGCAAAGAGGUGAAAUUGAAACCUAAUGCUUUGAAUGCCAAUGACAAUAGUUUAAAACUAUAUAUAAUAUAGCGGUGACCAAAAAAUAUGUUCAAUAGAAAUGUUGGAUGGUUCCAAAAAUGUCAAUGUUAUUGACUAGAAAUACAAAUUUGUCCUAGUUGUCAAGAAUGAAAUGGGGAAACAUGUUAUUUAGUCAAGUCAAAGUCUGCUUUAUUGUCAAUUUCUUCACAUGUCAAGACAUACAAAGAGAUCGAAAUGUUAAAUGAAAUGUUAGCUCCCAGAGAAUGUUGGUAAUUGCUUGUAUUUGGCCACAAAGUUAUUCAGCUGUCUGUUACGGUAUUUGUUGUCCAUUAUUUUCAACAUGGGAUCAAAAUGCAACUGAUUUAAAGCUGACAUAUCAUGGUUA